AUGGGCGAUAGUUACAGACCCAGCUACGACGGCGAUGACGUUCGACCAAUACUCUUUGACCGGCCACGACGGGACUUUAGAGAAGAACCAGAUCGGACAAGCAUCGUGCCAACUGGUCCUAGAGCUCGAUCAACUGGCCCCUCGCGUUCCUUAUCUUCUGCACAAUCACCAGAUAACAUCAAUCUCGAUGGCGCCUCAAACGCACUACCCGGAGCGAGUAUUGCGAGAUCCACCCCCACCGUGUCGCCACGCUCGCCCGUUGUCCCGAACAUUGACCCGGUCUUGGACAACAAAAGAUCCAGCCGCGAUCCACGUCUCAGGAAAGAUGGCCAGAACACUAUCUCAGAAAACUUGGGUGUGAUCUCAGGCACUAACGCUCGGAAACUCGAGAUCGAGACAAACAACACAGCCUUACUUGACUUCUUUAGAUCCCUUGCUCAACAAGCCGUUUUUGAGCAUAUACAAGAUCAAAAUCAGGUGAGGCUCGAAAGUCUCAGAGAAGAAAACGAUCCUAAACAUGCUUCGGUCGACAAGGAUGCACGCCAGUACCGCGAAGCACGACUGAAGCAGCAAGAAGAUAAGCUUACCGACAUAUCUAAGCAGAUCGAGCGCUCUACAGUUAAACAGAUCGAAGCCAUCAGUGCCAUGCCGUCUGGUCUCAAAGACGUCUUUCGUGGCGUGUUACCUAAACAAAUAGCUGGACCAGACUCUAUGCCUACACGGGCCCAAUAUAAUGCCCUUAUUGGUCGAAUCGCGGAGCUGGAAGAACGAGACAAGGCUAGAAAGGACGAGUUAAACGAACUUCGCACCAGCAAGGAAAAAGAGCCGGACCUGAACUCUCGCUUACACUCCAUCAAGCAAGAGUUUGAGAUAAAGCUUAAUGCUUUAGGCCAACAACUAAACCAACUCGAGGAGCUCAAUACCACCUUAACCAAGCAUCAGUCGACACUAGAUAACCACAAAGAAAGGCUGGAAAAUCAGCAGAAUGCUUUUGCAGAGCAGACUCAACUCAUCACUAGAUUCGCGCCUGCCCUACUAACAUCUCAUCCUUCUGGUCAUCCACAACCCGAAACGGCCUUGGACAAAGUAAACUCCACUUUGAAAGAGCACAAGCAAAACUUUGCCAACCUUUCCAAUCAUUUUGUGUCAAGAAAGGAGCACAGAGACCUUGUAAAGGACCUUGACACUUUGAAGUUCUCUAUAUCAUCUCUCGUCAUAAGAGUCGACACCCUUCAGCAGCGACUGGAUACUCAAACAGCCACAACCUCCAUCGCUAACUCCAACUCGAAUGAGAUCAUAGAGAUGUGCAGAGAAUUCGAGGCGUUGAAGAAAGCUAAAGAUCAUUACGAGAAGUUCUCCAACGACACUGACUCGAUGCUUCAAAAGCACGAAACUGCGAUAGAGGAAUUGAUCAACAAACAUAAAGUCUUAACAGCGAAGCAAGACUCUUAUGGUACUAGCCUCUACCGCCCGGAUCCCCGGUUGGAGAGCGCUGAGACGAAUAUCUCCAAUAUACGUCAAACACUAGAGACAAUACAGAAGAAUGGUAUCACGACGCCAGCGCAGCUCCAGACCGAACUUGUGCACUGUCGGAGAGUAAAUGAAAACAGAUACGACAGCUUCAGCACAAGGUUGGAAACGAGCUUGAAUGAAGUGAUCAAGAAGCAGUCUGCACGAAAUUCUGCUGUUCCUCCUACCAUCACUCUCACUCCGGCGGUCCAGUCCCAGAUCGACCGAAUGCAGCAAGAUGUCAACGCCUUAAAGUUUGCUAAGGGACAGCAUGAUCACACCAUACGAGCUCUGAGCACGAGGUAUAAUGCAAUAUCGACACAACACAUUUACAAGCAUAUCACAGCAGCAAUGACUCCUCUUGCUCCCAGGCUUGUGAACGUAGAAGAUGCGUACCAGCACCUCGAAGCACGCUACAAUUCUGCUGACUCAGACGCCUUGCAAAUGCGCACCGAUAUCAACGACCUAAAGACGCUUUUUGGAGAACCAAUAGCUCCUGAUGCAACCAUCGAAACCCGACUGCAGGCGAUGAAAGAAGUUAUUGACGGCAUCGCUGAUCGACCUCGUUCUCCUGAUCUUUCUGAAGCACAGAUUAAGGAAUUGGAGCAUCGCAUAGCCACGCUUGAAACCGACGUGGGUGAAACAAUUGGUAAGGUCACGACUUUACAAGACCUUUGUGAGACCAGUCGUCUGGUGUGUGAAGAAGUACAGCAGAACACGGGCACAACUUACGGUACCACAACAGAAGCGUUAGACAGUAUCAGAGAGUCUAUUUCGGAAUUAUCAAAGAAGACUAAAGAGCAUGAUGAUGCGGUCACCAGCCUAAGGCGACGCCACAAAAAGAUCUCGGCUGCUUCUCAAGAGACUCAGAAGGCAAUGACACAGCCGGAAGAGCCCACGGACUCUCAGAACUCAGCUACUACCCAUUUACGUGGCGAUGAUAUUACACAUCCUCAUACACCAGUUGCCGAGCCACAAAGCUUGCCAGAUAAGAAGUCGACAGCUCGACCGAGGCGAACCAUCGAUCAGCUAGAAGAAGGUCUGCAAUCUGCAGGUGCCUCAAAUGAGCAGCCUGAAAUCUCACCCAUAGCAGGAUACGUUGUAAUUGAACAGCUAACUUCAAGAUAUACGGACAAGAGAAUCAAGCAGAAGUUUGACGAGAAGAUUGCAGAGAAGAAGCUACCACAGAUUGAGAUUAACAAUAUCUGGAUAAGAGGCCAGAAGGACGAGAUCACAGGCGCAACAAGCAGAUGUGCUUUACUACAAGUAGAUUCUGGCACGGUUGACAACAUACUCAGCGCAUUCGAAGGACAUGAGAAAGCUUGGUCUGGUCGUACCGUCAAAGUGAACAAAGUGGACGCACGUCGAGCUCGAGAGAUCAUCACGUCCGGCCCUACACUUCCAGUUGCACCACUUCUAGAGUCAACGACUACUAUGUCAACACGUGAUUCCCCACUCACUCCGUCGAUCGCAGCACUGUCCAAGAGCAGGGAGUCAGUAUUGUCGAACAUUGAUGAUCAGCUCGAAGUGGACGAUUCGCAAGGUACGACUGAGCUAGCAACACGUGAUCCACUGGAAGGAUGGGGUGCCCGUAUUGGUAGUGUGGCAAGGACAUCACAUCCGAGGAGUGUGCCUACAAACACCGAAAGCAAUCGUAAAACUACGUCGACGACCUCCGUCAACAAGACCAAGAGACCACGUAGAGAAUCGACAAGUGGUGGCGGCAGCUCAAGACCAAGCAGCAAACGUGGACGGCAUGCCUGA